UUUACAAAUGGACUGCAAAUGGAAAAAAUUACCAGGAUAUAUCCUGAUCCUGCAGGUAAUCUUUGCCGCAGUUCAUGGAAAUAGUAAAGCACAACCAAACCACGCUUUAUCGGUGGCAUCUAUGCCUCCGCUUCUUGAUCUUGAGAAUAAGUUGAUCGACAACCUUGAAGACUAUGCCAAUGAACUGGAACAGAAGCUGCAGACUUUACAGGGUUACGUGCCAGUAAUGCGUUCUGAAAACGAAAAGGGAAAACUGAAUGCCAUUUCCUAUCUGUCCAAUCCCCUGAAUAGCUUUUCCCUCAUCCGAAGAUUGCAACAGGAUUGGUUAAAGUGGCAGAGUUACAUGGUUCAGCCAGUUGGGACUGUCCAAAUGAGAAACUUUGAUGGUUGGUGGAAAGAUCUCCCCAAGAAAGCGGACUUGGGCGAUGCCUGUGCUGCCAUAGUCCGCAUUCAGAUCAUUUAUGAUCUUAAAGUUGAAGAUAUAAUAAGGGGGAAACUGGAUGGAAGGCAAUACAAUGUAAGCUUGAGUACUGCGGAUAUUUUUGCUAUAGGUCAACAUCUUGCCAAGGGAAAAGCUCAAGCAGAAGCUAUUUUAUGGUUACAGGAGGUUCAAAAUCGUCUUCAGGAGGAUCUUUUUGCAGUUCCUGACCACUUGACAAUUAAGGAAAUUGAGGUUCUUAAAUUACUUGCAGAAUGCCAUGCACAUAAAAAGAACUAUUCAAAAGCCUUGUCUUUGCUGGAAAAAUGCCUAAUGCUCAAUCCACACGAUGCUGAACUCCUGCGACUCUGUGAUGAAACAAAGGAGUUGGUUGAAAUCCACCAGAAUAUCACACUUGAAAAACCCAAAAAGCCUGAAGAUCCAUUGGGAGUGGCAUUUACUUUAGCUUGCAGGGGAGUGGCAAAGGUCUCUGGUAGACUCCACUGUUUCUACAACUGCAACACCACUUCUUUUCUUCGAUUGGCUCCACUGAAAGUUGAGGAAGUUGGUUUGGAUCCAUAUGUGCUGCUUCACCACGAAGUGAUUACCCCAAAGGAAUCAAAAGAGCUGAAAGAAUUGGCCCUUUCCAAUUUGCGGGCUAGUGGUGUCUUUCGAGUCGAAGGAGCAGCCUUUAAACGAAUGAGGACUGUUAAAUCUCGUUGGAUACAUAAGGAUUUCAACAAGAUGACCAAAGGGAUAACACGGCGAAUACGUGAUAUUACGGGCCUGGAUUUGACCACUUCGGAAAAGUUUCAGAUUAUAAACUAUGGUAUGGGAGGUCACUAUAAUAUGCACAAGGAUUACUUCAACUACACAAAUGUAGAUAAUACAAAAAUUUCCAUGGCCGAACAAUUGGGAGACCGCAUAGCCACAGUUCUGUUCUAUCUAUCGGAUGUUGAACAGGGUGGAGCCACUGUCUUUCCAAAAUCAGGAUAUACCAUCUAUCCUCGAGCUGGGACCGCCAUCUUCUGGUACAACCUUCAUACAGAUGGGCUCGGGGAUCCUUCUACUCUCCAUGCCGCCUGCCCAGUAAUUGUGGGCUCCAAGUGGGUAAUGACCGAGUGGAUUCGCGAACUAAGCCAGCUGUUCGUUAGGCCCUGCUUUAAACCCUCAACUUAA